ACAUUUCUCCCAUCACAGAGUUGAGGGCAACUCCAGAACCUCCUGCAAGAUGCUGCUGAUUCUGCUGUCAGCGGCCCUGCUGGCCCUGAGCUCAGCUCAGAGCUUAAGUGAAGAUGUCAGCCAGGAACAAGCUCCCUCCCUAAUAUCAGACGGAGGAGACUCAAACCAGAGCUCAGAUGAGAAGCCUCAGAGACCGCCUUUUGGAGGACACCCACCUAAGCCACCUGCUGGUAGUGGAAGCCAGGAUGAUGGCCCUCAGCAGAGACCACCUCCACAAGAAGGCAACAAGCCCCAAGGUCCCCCACCUCCUCCAGGAAAGCCACAAGGACCACCCCCACCAGGAGGCCAUCCCCAGAGGCCUCCACCUCCUGCUGGAAAGCCCGAGGGACCACCUCCACCUCCUGAAGGGGGAAGACCACCCAGAUCUCUCCACGGACCACCUCCCCAAGGACCGCCUCCACAAGGACCACCUCCCCAGGGACCCCCUCCACCUCCUCAAAUGGGAAGGCCACCCAGAUCUCUCCACGGACCACCUCCCCAAGGACCGCCUCCCCAAGGACCACCUCCCCAGGGCCCACCUCCACCUCCUCAAGGGGGCCGCCUCCCCAGGGACCACCUCCACCUCCUGAGGGGGGAAGACCACCUAGAUCUCUCCAGGGACCACCUCCCCAGGGACCACCUCCCCAGGGACCACGUCCCCAGGGACCGCCACCCCAAGGACCUCCUCCCCAGGGGCCGCCUCCCCAGGGACCACCUCCCCAGGGACCGCCUCCUCAAGGACCUCCUCCCCAGGGGCUGCCUCCCCAGGGACCACCUCCACCUCCUCAAGGGGGAAGACCACCCAGAUCUCUCCAGGGACCACCUCCCCAGGAACAGCCUUCCCAGUGAUCUGGGUUUCAAUGACAGUGUUUGUGCAUGUGGAAUCUUAGGACCAAGAACACGUUAUAAAAACAUCUAG